GCUUGCGUAACAACAUUAUUCUAAUAUUGACGAGAAAUUUUUGCUUCAAUUUUGCUAAUAUUUCUGUUGGUAAAAUGAUCCGUAAAGCACUAGUUCCGGUACUUUCCUGUGGCUGGAAGUCGGUGCCUCGUAAUGCUGCUGGUGUAGUUUCCACUCAAGUUCGUGAAAAAAGUACUUUACCUGUGGUAGAGAAAGACAAACCGGAGAAAUUGCCCUAUUCUCCUUUUGGAACCAAACAAUCUAACUGGGCCGAAUGGGGUGUUGCGCGUUUGGAUGAUCUUUUGAAUUGGGGUCGUAAGGGCUCAAUCUGGCCUCUUACUUUCGGACUAGCUUGCUGUGCUGUUGAGAUGAUGCACAUUGCUGCUCCUCGUUACGACAUGAAUCGCUUCGGAGUUACAUUUCGUGCUUCUCCACGACAAGCCGAUUGUAUUAUUGUAGCCGGAACACUAACAAAUAAGAUGGCACCGGCUCUUAGGAAAGUUUACGAUCAGAUGCCAGAACCACGAUGGGUCAUUUCAAUGGGUAGUUGCGCUAACGGUGGAGGGUACUACCACUACUCGUAUUCGGUAGUCCGCGGCUGCGAUCGCAUUAUUCCAGUGGACAUCUAUGUUCCUGGCUGUCCUCCCACGGCUGAGGCUCUGCUGUAUGGCGUUUUGCAAUUGCAGAAAAAAAUUAAGCGAAUGAAAACCCUCCAGAUGUGGUACAGGAAGUAAUAAGUCAAGUGAUAAUUCAGAUUGUUUGAAUUUUGUCGAGCAAAUGCUCCAGUUUAACCUAAUAUAAAGCCUCUA